AUCUCUUCAACUACCUGUGAAAACUGAUGUGAUGAAAAGGGGAAUUUGAAGGAGCCAUUCCAGAAGACAGGGCAAAAACGGAAUCAGGGCCAAGAAAAACAGAAAUAGCAGGAUCUGGAGUUGAAUAGGUGGAAUAGUUGAAUAGGCUACUCUCCCCUGCUGGCAGGAAACCUAGCAGCCUUCUGGUGUCCAAGGACUGAAAACUUUAGAAGCACCUGGAAUUGGCAGCCUUGGCAUGGUCAGGUUGGCACCUCUGGAGGUGCUCAGGCUUCCCUGGCGGCAUUGUGAGCAGUGGAUGGUGUCGAAGGGCAGCCAGAGGAGGAAUGGAACACAUGCUCCUUGCUAACCACAGGGACAAGGCCACAUUCACAGGUACACAAAGGCAACACAGUUGCUCAGGUGCUCCCGUAUCACAGCCAAGACCCCUUCGGGAGAAGCUAGUUGGAUACUUGGACCCACAUUGCAGACUACUAAGCCACUGUCGCCCCUCGGCUCCGUUUGUGCUCCCUCCACCCCAAGAGGAUGGGGGUGGAAGGCCACCUUCCAUGGGUGUGUCCUCCACGAUGACCUACCUGAUAACAAAGGUGCAUGGAUUUCAGAUUGGCCUACAACAGCAUUUGGCUUGUGGAGACAGUGGUUCCCUGGUGAAAAACUGCCAUGAUGGGAAUAGAAACCAUCAGAGGAAACGUCCACAAGUUCCCAGGACGCAUCCACCCACCUCCUCCAUGUGUAGCCACCACCUCUACCUUCCCCUCUGGUGCUGUGGAUGAGCCAUCCAUGCUCCUGGCAAAGGCCCACCUGCCACUUGGGCACAGGAACCCAUCCAUCCCUCCUUACCUCCGGAAAACUCCUCUAUAUUUGUCCGUCAUUCUCUUUCUCUUUCUCUCUCCCCCCCCCCAUAUUUUUUAUUUUAUUUUAUUUAUUUAUUUGAGACGGAGUCUCGCUGUGUCACCCAGGCUGGAGUGCAGUGGCAUAAUCUCGGCUCACUGGAACCUCUACCUUUUGCAUUAAAGCAAUUCUCCUGCCUCAACCACCUGAGUAGCUGGGAUUACAGGUACCACCUCGCUGGGUUAAUUUUGUAUUUGUAAUUGAGAUGGGGUUUCACCAUGGCAGCCAGGCUGGUCUCAAACUCGUGACCUCAAGUGAUCUGCCCACCUCCGUCUCUCAGAGUGCUGGGAUUAGAGGCGUGAGCCACCAGGCCUGGCCUAUUUUUUAAUUUUUUUAGACAGAGUCUCCCUCUGUUGUCCAGGCUGGAGUGCAGUGAUGCCAUCUCGGCUCACUGCCACCUCUGCCUCCCAGGUUCAAGCGACUCUCCUGCCUCAGCCUCCCUAGUAGCUGGGAUUACAGCCAUGCGGCCACCACACCUGGCUAAUUUUUGUAUUUUUAGUAGAGACGGGGUUUCACCAUGUUGGCCAGGGUGGUCCUGAACUCCUGACCUCAGGUGAUCUGCCUGCCUCGGCCUCCCAAAGUGCUGGGAUUACAGGCAUGAGCUGCUGCGCCUAGCCUCAAUUAUUUUAAUCUUUGAAUAACUUCAGACUUGCAGAAAAGUUAGAAGACUUACAUGGAGAACUUCUCUACCCUCUUCCCCAUCCCCGCAAGGUACACAGUUGGCAAAACAAGAAGUCUGGGGUUCAGUGACACACUUCUUGACUCACAAGUUCGUGCUCUUUCUUUUCUCUCUCUCUCUCUCUCUCUCUCUGUUGUCUCUCCCUCCCUCCCUCUCCCCUUGAUGGCCACAUUUACUUUAUAAUUUUCUCUCUCACUCUUUCUCUGUCUCACUCUCUCUCUUACACAACACACACACUCAUAGGAAGACACCUAUAUAUAUAUUUUUUCCCGAACCAUUGGUAAGUAAUUUGCACACAGGAUGUCCCUUCACCCCCAAGUCCGCCAAUACUUCAGUGUGUUUCCUGAGAAGAAAGACCUUCUAGAUGUUUCACAUGAAUUCCAUUCUGGAAUCUACAGUUGGAGUUCAGAUUUCACCAGUUGUCCCAAUAAAGUCCUUUAGAUUUUUCUGG